CUAAGAGGGAACUAUUAGCUAAACUGCUAGGCAUCAAUGCCCCUCCAUCUGACGCAUCUUGCUGUCUCUCUGCAGCUAGUUAGUCACUGCCAUUGUACAUUCCUCACCAUGCCUUCUCCAGGGUAAACCCGUCCAGCCACUGUGUUCAAGUCCAUCUAUUGUUUGUGAAUAGAAAUGCGUUUCAAUCUAGACCUCCGGUUGAUCCCGGGAUCCACCACCCUUCAGGGGCCCAUGAUGCCGUCCAUUGUUUACGUCUCUGCCUAAUCCGUUCUGCAUCUCCAGACUGCCAGAUCUACAGCCUCCCAGUCAUCACUCAUCCACCAGACUAUUGACGCUUCCCCAUCCCGACUAAUAACCCAGUGGGGAACCGUCUCCUUACUCUUAGCGCCUGUUUGGGUCCCGAUGGGCUGAGUGCGAAUCCCUGGGAGCCGUUAAUCCCGGCCUAACUGGACUGACUUACGCGCCAGUGACAGGGUGAAGUCGAAGAGGGGCCACCCCCAUUGAUGCAUCCGUGUCCAGAGUCCCAACUUCAUCCCCCCCUCCACCUGACAGGGUCUCCGGGAGCCGCUUUAGAUAUUUAAGGGUCUUUCAUCCUUCUCUUCUUCUCUUCUUCUUCUCUCUUUAUCUUUCUAUCUCCCUCCCUCAACUUUCUCCUCAUCCUUCCACAACCACUAUGUCUUACUACCCCCCACCACAGGAACCCUACUACGGCGGACGCCCUCCGUACGAGCGUCCGCCAUACGACCGUCCUCCCUACGAGGGUGGUCCUCCCCCGGAGCGUCCCCCUUAUGACCGUCCUCCCUACGAGGGUUCUUACGAGCGUCCUCCCUAUGAUCGCCCCCCUCCAGAGAGAUACAACUCCGGCCCUCCUCCACCGGAGCGCCCUCCCUACGACCGUCCCCCAUACGGUGAUCGGUCUCCCUACGAAGGCGGCGAGCGCGGCUUCGACUCUCCUGCACCUCGUCCUCCCUACACCAGCCCUCCUCCUUCCGCUCGUCCUCCCCCCGUCCCUCCCCCUCCUCUCCCCAUGGACUGGGCCCAGGAGUGGGAGCCCAGCGUCCGCCGCGCCUACUACGUCCACAUUCCCUCCGGCCGCACAGAAUGGGAGCUUCCCGCUGACAUGUCCCGUGACAUGCCUCCCCCUGGCCCUCCCCCGGCCGGUGGACCGGGCUACUACGGAAGCCCCCCUCCGCCGCAGGAGGGCGGGUACUACCCCGACCCCCAGGCCCAGCAGAUCUCCGAGGAGGAGCAGAAGAAGAAGGACCGUAAGAACAUGCUUCUCGGUGGCGCAGCUGGUGUGGCUAUCGGUGCUCUCGGUGCUGCAUUCGUCUCACACGAGAUUCACGAGCACGAAGAAAAGGAAGAAGAGGAGGAGCGUGAAGAACAGCAGUCGUACGACUAUGACCGGCCGCCUGUCGUGUACGAGCGCGAAACCACUAUCAUCGAGCGUGGAGAGGAGCCUGCCUAUGAGAAUUACGACGAGGAUGGAUGGUAGAUGCGGUAUACCUAUUCCUACUUGUUAAUAACCAAAUUCUAUUCGCAUAAGCUUUCGGGAUUGUUUAGCUGUAUUUAUUAUACUUUUUAACUGGAUACCUACCUUCUAUCGAGGAAUAGAUUUGAUACUCGGAAUGUCUAUUGGAGAUGUCUUGUCUUAAUAUGAUUCUCAGGUGUAUGUCGCCUUGGCGAUAAGGCACUCACUCCACUGGUUCAAUACCAUGCUUCUUUCCUAUCAAUAAUAAGUAAUACUCUUUCUGACAUCGAUACCACAAC